UGAGCGCAGAAAGCUGCGCGCGUUGACGAGGAGCGUCUCGACUUGAAGCGCGCACACAGUUCGCGAUUCUUUCCAGAAAAAGCCGCGCGGAGAUUCAGAGUCACAUUUCUCUUGAGGAAUGUUCAAGGAAGAAGGAAGAGAAGAAACGGAAUAAGGAGUCUGGCUGGACGUGAAUGUAUGAAUUAUGGAUUUGAGGCUGGAUUUCUGACCGGGACCAGAGCUGAAUCUGUGGAAUGACUGAGAUUCCCAAAACACUAGACUUGGACUUUGGGUGGAAGUGAUUCAUAGCAGUUUCUAGCAGGGAUGGAGAACCACAUGGUGUUGCCAUGGCUGUUGUUGUGUUUGGUCCUGAGACCUUCUGCUGCCCAGAAUACUGCACCUGAAGGAGUGUUAAACUGCUGCGAGGGUGACGUCCUCUUCUUACUCGACUCCUCCGGCAGCGUCUCAUCUUAUGAGCAUUCCCGCAUGCUCACCUUCCUGUCUGAGCUCCUGCUCCCCUUCUCGCUGGGAGAAGACCAAGUGAGAGUCGGACUUCUGCAGGUGGGCACCAACCCGCACCUUGAGUUUGGAUUUGACACCUACAACACCCAAAGUGGCCUCCAGGGGGCCCUACAGAGAAUCAAGCCUCUCAGGGGCGACACCAACACAGUUGAGGCACUGAUAAUGGCAAAGGACAUGGUGCUGAGAUCCGGAACUGCAGACGGUACUCGGGCAGGGCUCCCGAGAGUGUUGGUGUGGCUGACCGAUGGGGUGAAACCAGGUGAUGUGAUUGGACCAAUGGCUGAGCUGCGUGAGGAGGGUGUGGCUGUGCUGGUGGUCUCCACCGGGCACAGCAACUACCAGGUGUUGAGGCAAGUGGUGACUCCACCUGUGGAAAACCACCUGUACUUUGUGGACAUUGACGACAUGAGCAUCAUCACUGAUGACAUGAGGGACGCCAUCAUUGAGAUUAUCCGCGCAGAGCGAAUCAAUGUCCAAGACAUCUCCUCUAAUGCUGCCACGCUCCACUGGCGGCCAGUUCUGUCUGGUUUAAGAGGCUACUAUGAGAUCCGGUUUGGUCCAGUACCAGCAGGGGGUGCAGGAGGAGGUGGAACUGGUACCAGUCCAAGUAUUGGUGGUACUCAAUACCAGAGGAUUACCCAGUUGGCAGAUUCCAGUACUGCCAGGCUAACAGGGCUGAAGCCUGACACCACCUACAUCGCCACACUGACCCCAGAGUCAAACGAGCUAUCAUUUAACACCCUGUCAGUCACCUUCACCACAAAGCCAGAGGUGCUGAGUCCGGCUGUUGUAACUGUGUCCGAGUCCAGCGAACGCAGCGUUCGAGUGAACUGGGGUCCUCUUCAGCCGGAAUCGGUCCGGAGUUACCACAUCGAAUACUCCGCCCUGCCCACAGGCAAGCUGCACGCCGUCAGAGUGGGUGGGAUGCAAAACUCUACCAUCCUCCAGGACCUCCAACCAGAUACCACUUAUUUGGUCACCGUUAGCGCUCGUCAUUCCUCUGGGAAGGAGAGGGCCAUGUCAGUCAAAGCGUGCACACAGGAAGUGACACCGGCCUUGGCAGACCUCCAGCUGACCACGGUGGGCAGCGACUCGGUUCAGGUGGACUGGAAAAGCAGCGCAGCUGGUCUGAGGGGCUACUGGCUCACCUGGGAAGGACAGGAAGUGCCUACCCAGCACUCAUCCCUCUAUUUACCCGCUGACUCUCUGUCAACACGCCUCACACACCUUCCGCCUUCGGCAAGAGUGUGUGUGUCACCCAUUUACAGGACUGCGCGGGGGGAAGGGCUGUGUUGCACAGCACAGUUCCACUCAGAUGCUUUAGCAUAUGGCUACUGAACUUAGCACUGCUGGACUGCAAACGCACAGCGCCAAACAUGAAGAGACGAUCACAAGAAGAAUGCAGACUUUCAUCCGCUGUUCCUCGGGAUAUUAUCCAAAA